AUGGCCGCUAUCCACGUCGGUACAAUUGUCUUUGCCUACCAGGUCGUCGAUAGCGCAGGCCCUACCGACCUUCUGACGUCCGCACGAAAAUCUAGUCUUCAAGCCGUUCAGCAAUACGGACCGAUCGAUGAGGACAUCAUAUCUAGAGCACCUGAAUUUUUUUUCCAUUACAUCGGAGUCGGCAGAGACCCAAUACUGCUAGAAUCAAGCCAGUUGACCAUUGUGCCUUCGACCACUGUGGAUGAAUGCCCUGAAAUAGACAUUCUUCUCGUCCCCGGCCCGUACUUGAAGGACUUUGAACUACACCCCAAGCAGGUCGAGUUUAUCCGCAAGCAUGUGGCAGCGGGUAAGCUUCUUUGGACAACGUGUACGGGAGCCAGCGUUGUGGCAUCCACAGGUGUGCUGGACGGGAAGAGCGCAACUGUUAACAACGUUGAGUAUUCCUGGGUGCGCAAACGUUGGCCCAACGUCAACUGGACUAGAGAGAAGAAAUGGAUCAUUGACGGCAAUAUUUGGACCGCCUCUGGGGCAUUUGCUGGGGUAGACAUGGUCGCGCAUUGGCUAAAGGAGAACUACGGGCUGGAUCUGCUCAUUCAGGCCAGCAGUACCCUUGAUUACGAGGCUCGAGACGCGGAUGGUCUAUACACAGUUUUCCGCCAAAGAUACAACGCUGAAGGGAAGAAAUUGUCCACUCAUGUCUUCCGAUACUACGACGAGGAAUAG